AUGGAUCGCUCCGCAAUUGUCGCCUCGCAACACGAAGGCGCUUUGUACCCCAGGUACGCGGCCUUUCCCGUCAUUCUGGGUAUGCCUUCACUCCAUAAGCGAAAGGGGAGUGCCCCGCCGUUCCAAGCUGGUGGGAAGUCCAAGCUGGUGGUAAGGGAUGACGGGAUCACAUGGAACAUCCCUUGUGGCUUGCCGUCGACUGCAGUAGUGUCGUACGGAGUAGUUAAGAUUUCAACCCAAAAGAACGUCACCGUCCCACUCACGCACACCCCUUCGACCCAAGCGGCCAAGCCCACCCUUUUGAACGAACGAUCACCAAUUCACCGAAACCUGGACCUACUCCUUCCGAGUCAAGGUCUGGCUUUGCGUCCACAGGGUGGCAUUCUGCGGCUACAGCCCCAAGACGCAAAGGCGGCAUGCGGACAAUGCCCUGCAGGGAACCAACCAGCCGUUGUUGUGAAGGCGGAGGAGGAAGCGGCCGAAUGUCUGGUAAGCCUACGUACGAUUCACGAUGUUCGAGAGACUCUCAUAACCACCAGAAGGAAGGCCAUGUCACUACAGAGUAGGAAAGCGCUUUUGGACACCGCACCGAAACCGCUUUUCCAAUACGGCCUCUCGCGAGUUCUUCGCUUGUUGCGUCGUCUGAACUCUGCGGAUGAUAAAAACCCUAUUCCGGCCUAUUGGGCCUUCGGGGUCAUCUACAAACAUAAUGCUCAGAAGGUGGAAACGGUAGUGGCGGCCGAAUUCACCAUCCCGUCGCCGGGCUUGCCUGCUCAUGAUCUGCUGGGGUACGAUCAGACAGGCCCCGGAAACUCGGCAGGAUCAGAUCCUUCAUUACGACCCCCCACGACGAGUCUGCUUCUAUCAUUUCCGACGGGCCGCCGCCAUGUCUUACUUAGCAAUACCCCACAGAAACGUCGCACUGAUAUUGGUUCUAUUCCAUUCGCCCUACCUACGAGUACCCAGUACACCGUACAAAGCAGUGGCCUGCGGCGUGGACCACACGACUGGGAUCAUGUGCAGGAUACCCCGGUCAAGCAGCAUGUGGGCGGUCUUCAGUACAACGCACACCAGCAGCAAAUCCGGCUUCAUUCUAAAGCGAUCGACUUGUACCUUUCCGGCCUCCGGACACCCAGCAGGUCAAAAUGUCACUCAACCGUUGGAAUUUGUCGAUGCUCGAUGAACUGUAUCACAUCUUCGGCCCGCCCCCACCUCCCGGGUAGUCCUACGUGUAGCCCUGCUGUCUACCCUUCCCUAUCUCGGCCCGUCCUGCAUGAUCUUCGGAUGCUUUGCGGGGCCCUGUUUUGGGACCGAGGACACUUGGCCACGUGCCUCAGUUCGGGCCACCAACUGCCUCCCCUUUGGCCCACGCGACUCGUCCUGCCACCUAACAAGGUAGCUGAUGCCUCGGCACAUCCAAAUCCAGCUAAUCUCGGCUCGUCUUAUACUGCCCGGGCUAAUUUGAGGGCGUUUAUGCAAGAAGCGACAGCGAUAUGCCCCUCGGGACUGAAAAUUGAGCGUAUUCUCCAUGAUCACGGGCCAUUGGACUCUCUGCUUAAGGAAUUGAUGCCAGAAAGUCAGCAGGUCGUCCCUGUCCCGUCAGCCUGCGUUAUGCCGUCACGGUUCCCCCUGUUGGCCAACCAGCCGAUCAUAGUCCCUGUAACGCCUGCGGCCACUUCUGCGACCGAUCAGAAUGCGAAAAGCGGUGUAUCUCAACCCGACAACAUGACGAAUUCCGGUCCCAUGCUCUCUGUGUUGUCGGGAGUGGGAAUACAAGAAGGCCUGAAUUGGGGCGGCUUCAUGAAGAACUGGCCACACAACAGGACCAAUGGGGAUUGA